GGGCCAGGGUUCGUAGUCGCGUUCGGCCUCGUCAGCCCGCGCGCGGCGAAUGCUCGAAACGGGAAGUCCUUUCGUCAGAGUAGCUCACAAGCCGUAGGCCGUAGCGUGUCAAACCAAAUGCGACCGCUCCGCGACCCGGCGAAGCUGGCAGCGGCGGCCUCCUCGCAGCGGCACCUCCGCGAGAUCCACGCGCACCUCCUCGUCUCGGGCCGCAUCGCGUCCCCGUCCCACCUGGCCGCUUUCCUCGCCUCCCUCGCCUCCUCCUCCUCCGACGACGACGACGAUGGCGACCUCUCCUACGCGCGCCUCCUCCUGCCGCGGCGCCCCGCCACGCUCCUCGCGCACAACUCCCUCCUCCGCGCCCUCGCUCGCGGCCGGCGCCCGCACCUCGCCUUCGGCGCGUUCCGCGACCUGCCGCUCGCGCCCGACAACUACUCCUUCACCUUCCUCGUCCGCGCCGCGACCGCCCUGGCCGCCGCCGCGGCGUCCGCGCUGGACGCGGCCCUGAUCGCGGGGAGCGUGCACGCGUCGGCGCUCCGCCACGGACACGCGGGCGACCCGCACGUGCAGAGCGGGGCCGUCUCCAUGUACGCCGCGGCCGGGGAUGUGGGUGCCGCGCGGGCCGCGUUCGCGGAGAUCGCGAGCCCGGACGUGGUGUGCGUCACCGCGAUGGUGGGGGCUCUCGCCACUGGCGGCGAAGCGGACGCUGCGCGCGAGCUGUUUGACGGAAUGCCUCAGAGGGACCAUGUCGCGUGGAACGCCAUGAUCGCCGGGUAUGUGCACACGGGCCGGUCAAGGGAGGCCUUGAGGCUGUUCGACGAAAUGCGUCAUGCUGGCGCUGCCGUGGGGGAGGUGACGCUGGUGUCAGCGCUCACUGCCUGUGCGCAAUUGGGCGCGCUGGAACGAGGCAAGUGGGUGCACUCGUGUGCACAUAGCCGUGGGAUGCGGCUGUCGGUCACGCUCGGCACCGCGUUGAUUGAUAUGUAUUCCAAGUGUGGCGCGGUGGCGGCAGCCAUGGAGGUGUUUGACAGCAUGGGCGAAAGGAACGUUUACACUUGGACCAGUGCAGUGAGUGGCCUUGCGAUGAAUGGCAUGGGGAGAGACUGCCUUGCGCUGUUCAAGCGCAUGGAGAGCACAGGGGUUGAGCCUAACGGUGUCACCUUUGUCGUGGUCCUCCGUGGAUGCUCCAUGGCUGGGUUGGUAGAUGAGGGACGAGCAUGCUUCGAUUCGAUGAAGAGCAAUCAUGGAAUUGAUCCUUGGCUUGAACACUACGGUUGCAUGGUUGAUUUGUAUGGUCGAGCUGGGCGUCUGGAUGAUGCCGUGAACUUCAUCAAUGGCAUGCCAUUGGAGCCACACGAAGGCGUGUGGGGAGCACUACUCAAUGCGUCACGGAUCCACAAAAACGUUGAACUGGGGAAAUAUGCAAUGGAUAAGCUCAUGGCGAUCGAGUCCAAGAAUGAUGCCGCCCAUGUCCUGCUCUCUAACAUCUAUGCAGACUCGCAGAACUGGAAGGGUGUCAGCAAUGUUCGGAACAUGAUGAAGGCCAAGGGAGUGAAAAAGGUGCCUGGGUGUAGUGCCAUUGAGGUUGGUGGCAAGGUGCAUGAGUUCUUUGUUGGAGGCAAGACACACCCAAGACACAAGGAGAUCGAGAUGAUGCUUGCAGAGAUGAAUCAGAGGCUGAGGCUGCAAGGGUACAUUGCGAACACAAAAGAGGUGUUGUUUGAUAUCGAGGAAGAGGACAAAGAAGAUGCAAUCUCCUUGCAUAGUGAGAAGCUGGCCAUUGCAUUUGGCCUAGUCGCGUUGCCGGAAGACAUGGAGAUUAGGAUAGUGAAGAACCUGAGAGUAUGUGAGGACUGCCAUGAUUAUACCAAGAUGAUAUCCAAGGUCUUCAACAGGGAGAUUGUUAUGAGAGAUAGGAAUAGGUUUCACCAUUUCAAGGAUGGAGCAUGCUCCUGUAAGGAUUACUGGUGAUCAAUUUUGAUGCUAUUCUAGCGCAUCCAUUCUAACAUAUAAAUGCGCGAGAAUAGCAUCACUCUGGAGCCAAGGCACGGUGAUGGUCGAAGGUAGAGAUUAGCGGAUAGAUAGAUCGGAAGGAGAUAUGGGCAACUUUGCCAUUCUCACAUGGCUGGCAAAUGGGCACAGAACUUUGUGACAUUCUGCCAGUAGCAAAUGACAAUGUAAGUGUGCCCCUCGACUAUGUGACAAAACCUAAAGCAUUCUCAUGCGGGGAUUACUUGAUGAUUUCUCUGUAUGAUAAUUGAAACAAUCACAAUUUUCAGGA